AGAAAAAAAAUUACAAUAAGCAGAUUUUGCCAAUAUACUGUUUAACGUUGUGGUUUGCGCAUGCGCUCCAAUCACAAUGUCGUACGUUAGAAGACCUCUGCUGCAGCUUUUGAAUCGGAGGCACGUUCUCCUAACGUCGUCAGUGGGCGUCCAGCCGUUGCGCAGUCACAGCACCGAGUUCAGGGACAGCUGCUACGAUGGGCUGUAUCCUGGACAUAUUCCCACCACAUCAAUACAGAAAGCUUUGCUGGCUUUUGGCUCUGGUGUGGCAGCACUUCAAGACCCCUACAGACAUGACAUGGUUGCGGUCCUUGGGGAGACAACGGGUCACCUGGCCUUGAUGAAUCUCAGAGACAUGAUGAAGAAUGACCCUGAAGGCCACACCAUCCUAACAGAACGACCCAGAAUCAGAUUGUCCACACUUGACCUGGACCUGAUGUCCGCGCUGCCCGAUGGCACACUCGGCAGGGAAUACAUCCGUUUCCUGAAGGACAAUCACGUGACCCCUGACUCGAGGGCGGACGUGAAGUUUGUGGACAAUGAGGAGCUGGCCUAUGUCAUGCAGAGAUACAGAGAGGUCCAUGACUUGUUGCACACCUUACUAGGCAUGCCUACAAACAUGUUGGGUGAGGUGGCAGUGAAGUGGUUCGAAGCCGCUCAGACCGGGCUUCCCAUGUGCACGCUUGGAGCUGCGUUGGGGCCGCUUCGACUGAAUGCAAGGCGUUUACAGAAACUGUUGACGGUGCUGGGGCCCUGGGCCCUGCAGAGUGGUCGCCAGGCUCGCUGCGUGCUCAGCGUCUUCUACGAGCGACGGUGGGAGCAGAGCCUGGAAGACCUGAGGCGAGAGCUGAACAUCCAACCUGCACCAGUCAUAACCAGCACGUCCAGGAAGAGGAACACCUGAGAGUGACAAUACAGAAGCCUCCCGAAUGAAAACAAAAAACAAAGAAAAAACAAGGAAGAACACUAUGACAAUAUGGAAAUUCUGAUGUUAAACACGGAGGAACUGGGAAAUGUCACCCUUGGCUAACAGUGGUCUGUUCCUCCUCACGUUUCCCCUGUCUGUGUUAGCAUCAGACGUUAAUAUACACAUGGUGCCUUUACGCUGGCGUCGAGUCAAAAGCUCCAUGAUGUGAUGAAAGUUGUCAUAGGUAGGAUAGUCUUUAGUAGGGUUCCCUGAUUGCCUGAAAAAAAAAUCAGACAAAAUUUACAAGUGUGGUUCAGAUAAAGGGGCUGUGAUUUUAAUGUUUUGGUUUUUUUUUUUCAAACACGUCUAAAACAACAUGAUGACUCUGUCUUCAAGACCAGGAGUGUAACCUCUGACCCCACAUCACUGCGGUUGUAGUCAGUGUGUCAUGUUGUAUUCUCUUCCUGUGGUACCACAGCGUGAAUGACAACAACGUUUUUUCAACAUAUUUUAUUUGUACUACUGCACUGCUACUUUAUGUUAAUUCGUUGCUUUGUUAUUAAAUAAUGACACAACAGAGUA